AUGACUGAAAUACAACCACUUCUGAAAACUGAUGACUCGAUAUUUAGCCAUGAUGAUCAUAAUUUUAAAAAAAACUCAUUAUAUACCGAACUUUUGGACUGGUGGCGAAGUUUAUUUUUAAAAAAACAUCAUGAUGAUUACGAAGAAACAAACAAUAUGAAUAAUACUGGAAUCAAAAGACCAUCUGUUGGGUUUUGUCAAUUUUUUCGUUUUGCUAACCGAAUCGAUUGGUUGAUGUCAUGCAUCGCAAUUUUUGCUGCUGCAUCGUAUGGGCUUUGUUACACAGGCCAAUUGUUUGUUUCCGGUAAACUCAUGGGAACAUUUGCUUUACAAUCCUUUUCAGAUUUUGGUCACCACCAGAUCCAGUGUAACUUACCGAACAUGACGAGUACUAAUAAAAGUUGUCCUCUUGGAAUCAACUUUAAUCUAUUGAAUGACACUGGAUUAAAAAAACUGUGCUAUAGUGCAAACGCUACAUCUGCAUCACCAUUAUUCAUGUCCAUGGUUGAGUUUCAAAAUGAUGUUAUGAAUAAAAUUUACUGGUUAAUUGCUAUUGCCAUCAUUCAAUUCAUUUGUCUUUUCACAUUCAAUUUUCUUUUUAAUCUUACUGUUCGACGCCAGGCAGUACGCAUGCGCGUUUGCCUUUUUGAAACCCUUGUUCAGCAGAGCAUGUCCUAUUUCGAUACUAAUUCAUCUCGGCAGUUCAAUGCCGCACUAUUUGACAAUAUCGAAAAAUUCAUCACGGGUAUCAGUGGUGAUUUAGGUAUAGCGAUUGCAACAUUGGUCUUCUCAGUUAGUUGUGCUGUUACAUCAGUGAUUAUUUAUUGGCAAUUGGCGUUGAUUUUAAUGUGCAUUGUACCGUUGUUAAUUGUUUCUUUGUAUGCUUUUAUGAUGCUCACUGGCAAAGAAGCGGCGGUCGAGUUAAAUGCCUACGCAAAAGCUGGAGAGAUUGCUCAGGAAGUAUUCAGCUCUCUUCGUACUGUGCUUUCACUCAACGGUGCACAUUUUGAACAAAAUAGGUAUCAGCAAGAACUGCAUAGAACUCAUUGGAGCAGUGUACGCAAAGGUGUUGUGUAUGGUCUCUUUGAAGGUUGGAAUUCCUUUACACUCUAUAUGAUUUAUGCUCUUGGUUUUCUAUUCGGUUCUAUCCUGAUGCACGAAGAAGGACGAAAUAAAUUAAAUAUCGGUACUAUUAUUCUUGUAAUUACUCUUUUUACACAAGGAAUUUAUUUAAUUGGCAUGAUUGGUCCUUGUUUGCAAGCGCUUGCUGAAGCGCAAGUGGCUAUCAAAGAAGUUUUUCGACUGAUAGAUGAGACAAACGGGACAGACGAUAAUGAAACAAAAGUAUGGCAAGAUAGCGAUAAUGAAAAUACUACAGUGGAUUUUAACGGUGAUAUUUGUUUUGACAACGUCACCUUUGAAUAUCCUACCCGUCACCAUACCACUGUUUUACAAAAUCUCACAUUUGUUGCACGUGCCGGUGAGACAACUGCAUUAGUAGGAUCAAGUGGCAGUGGUAAGAGCACCUGUAUGUCACUUUUACUUCGGCUCUAUGAGCCAUCGUCCGGGAAUAUCACUAUUAAUGGAAAAUCAAUUAGGGACUACAAUGUUAAAAAACUUCGACAAAGCAUUGGCGUUGUCAAUCAGGAACCAAUUCUUUUUGACACAACCAUCUAUGAAAAUAUUCUCUAUGGUAAUAAAAAAGCUACACGAUCUCAAAUUGAAGAAGCAGCACGUGAAGCAAAUGCUCACAAUUUCAUCAUGCAACUAACUGAAAAAUAUGACACAUUAGUUGGAGAGCGUAGUAUUCAACUAAGUGGUGGUGAAAAACAACGCGUGGCACUGGCUCGUACUCUUGUCAAACAGCCAGUGUUGCUGUUAUUAGAUGAAGCAACAAGUGCGCUUGAUAAUAUCAAUGAAAAUAUUGUACAGGAAGCUCUUUCUCGAACAUGUAAAAAUCGAACAACCAUCGUAAUUGCCCAUCGUUUAGCAACAGUUCGACAUGCUGAUUGCAUCUAUGUAUUAGAUAAAGGAAAAAUAGUCGAGAGUGGUACGCAUGAGACAUUGAUGUCACAAGAAGGAAGCAAAUAUCGAGAAAUGGUUCAGGUUCAACAACUAGAAACGAUAGAAAAUGACGACGAUAUUAGAUGGAACCAAGAGCAAUUGAAAGAUGAAAAUGAAAAACAGACAUGGGAGCGAUCUCGUCUGCUAAGUGACAUUCAAGAUGCCAAUAGGGAUAAAAAGAUUGCAUUAUCUACAAGUGGAUACCAUAUUUUUCUAAAAAUAUUGGCUAUGAAUAGACCGGAAUGGAACAUAAUUUUGGUAGGCUGCUUGGCUUGUCUUACUAGUGGCGCUAUUCAAUCAAUUGGUAUCGUCUUACUUACCAAAAUGGUUUAUUUUACUGCUUUUGCCGUAGCUGGCUCAAAGUUAACACAACGUGUUCGAUCAAAGGCUUUCACAUGUCUUCUUCGUCAAGAAGUUGCCUAUUUUGAUGAACCAGAAAAUAGUUCUGGUGCUCUUUGUGCACGUCUAUCAUCAGAUGCGAUGGCUCUCCAAGAAAUGAGUGGCACUCGAUUGAGCAUAAUUGUAGAAACAUUUUCUAUGCUUGCUUUUGGUAUUUCACUAGGAUUCUACUUCAGUUGGCAUUUGACACUAAUUGUUUGUGUCGUGCUUCCUAUCAUCAUUGCUUUUUGUGUUUUGGACAUAUAUUUACAGAUGAAAGUUAGUGAUGCCACUGGUCUUGCUCUUCAGCGUGCUAGUUCGGUCGACUUUCAUGGUGAGAUCGAAUUUAAUCAAGUUAAAUUUAUCUAUCCUUCUCGACCAAAAACGUCUAUACUGAAUAAUCUUCAGUUGACUAUUAAGGCUGGUCAACGCGUAGCUCUCGUUGGUCCAUCUGGUUGCGGCAAAUCAACGAUUGCUCAACUCUUAGAACGAUUUUAUGAUGUUACUAGGGGCCAACUACACCUUGAUGGUAUCGAUAUUCGUCAGCUCAAUAUUAAAUGGAUUCGUUCGCGUCUCGGUCUUGUUAGUCAGGAGCCUGUCUUGUUUGGAAUGACAAUAGCAAAGAAUAUCGCUUAUGGUAAAGAGAACAUUUCAAUGGAAGAGAUUAUGGAUGCAGCCAAUAAAGCAAAUAUUCAUUCGUUUAUACAACAGUUACCAGAAGGCUAUGAGACCAAUGUUGGCAGAAAGGGAAGCCAAAUGUCAGGGGGUGAAAAGCAACGUAUUGCUAUCGCUCGUAUACUUGUUCGUCGACCUAAAGUAUUGAUACUAGACGAGGCAACAAGCGCCAUGGACUCGUACAAUGAACAGGUGGUACAAGAAGCACUUGAAAGGGCACAAGACGAAGAUCCUAGUCGAACAUCGGUGAUUAUUGCUCAUCGUUUGUCGACAAUACGUUCAUGCGACGUUAUUUGUGUAAUAGGAAAAGGGCGUGUUAUGGAGAGUGGAAGCCAUGCAGAGUUAAUUCAACAACGUGGAGUCUACUACCAAAUGUAUACACACAAUGGAUCAAGCUGA